CGUGGUUAGGUAACUUCCGUUAAGGCGCUGGUAUCGCCUGCCUUGUUUCCUUUAACACUGUGCGUCAAGCGCGGUGCGGUGUGUGGAACGGUUACCAUCGGAUUUUAGACAUUAACAUGUUCUCAUCCCUUCUGGAAGCGGCGCGGAACUCGCCGUUCCGCGGGCCGCUGUCGACCACUCAUUGUGAGCCAGCGCUACCAGCUGCUGAGACACAGGGUAUGGCCGCCGCGGCCGUGGCCACAGGAGACUCCUGCGAGUUCGGCUCCACCAAAUACUUCGCACUUUGCGGCUUAGGUGGAAUCCUGUCUUGCGGUAUCACACACACCGCAGUCGUGCCACUCGACUUGGUGAAAUGCCGUCUCCAAGUAGACCCUGAUAAGUACAAGAAUGUCGUCACUGGUUUCAAGGUGUCAGUGAAGGAGGAGGGCAUGAGAGGACUGGCCAAGGGAUGGGCGCCCACUUUCAUCGGAUACUCACUUCAGGGUCUCUGCAAGUUCGGUCUAUACGAGGUGUUCAAAGUGGGCUACUCGGGUAUGCUGGAUGAAGAGACGGCGUACACAUACCGUACCUUCGUGUACCUGGCCGCUUCAGCAUCUGCUGAAUUCUUCGCGGAUAUCGCCUUGUCACCUCUAGAGGCCGCUAAGGUCCGAAUUCAAACUAUGCCUGGAUUCGCGAACACGCUCCGCGAGGCGUGGCCUAAGAUGGUCCAGAAUGAAGGCUACGGUACUUUCUACAAGGGGCUAGCGCCUCUCUGGGGUCGCCAGAUCCCCUACACCAUGAUGAAGUUCGCCUGCUUCGAGAAGACCGUCGAACUGCUCUACAAGUACGUGGUGCCGAAGCCCCGCGAGCAGUGCACGAAGGGCGAGCAGCUGGUGGUGACGUUCGCCGCGGGUUACAUCGCCGGCGUGUUCUGCGCCAUCGUAUCCCACCCCGCCGACACCGUCGUCUCCAAGCUCAACCAGGACAAGACAGCGACUAUCGGCUCCAUUAUCGGCAAGCUGGGUAUGGCUGGAGUCUGGAAGGGUCUCGGACCUAGGAUUGUCAUGAUUGGUACCCUCACCGCGCUGCAAUGGUUCAUCUACGAUGCCGUCAAGGUAUGGCUGAGGAUGCCCCGACCACCACCCCCAGAAAUGCCCGAAUCCAUGAAGAGGCGCCUCGAAGCUGAAGAAGCGAAGUCUAAGUGAAUUAGUUCAAUUGCAUAGGAAAGUAACACCAUCGGGCUUAGACGAAAUACAUACUGGUCAACGUUGAAACUAAUAAUUAAUCUCAACCUCAAUCAAACCAGGUUCACACCGUUCAACUUUAAUUGAUCAAUAAAAGUUUUCCAUCAUUCAACUUUUGUUGAUUCAAUUCGAUUGAAACCUGUUGAAUUGAUUGAUGUUUGAAAAUAAACAGUUGUGUACUGUAUCAUAUAUUCCAUUAGCGUUUUACAUCAUCACGUCACAAACAGUAAUUCUGUCGAUGAUUUUGUAUCGUUAUGUAACACCGUCUAAGCCCGAGGCGUUAGAAUUAAAAUGAGGACUACAGCCGUGCAACAUUAUAUGUAUUAUAGAUUUCAAAUGUGAUGCAGUAUGUUAGUGUUAUAUCAUCGCUAUUUAUUAUUAUAUAAUACAUUUUAUGAUUUAUUUAUUUGUUUAUUAUAUGUAUGAGUUGAAAGUGUAACCGGUUGGUGGAAUUAAAACACUAGAUACUA